AUUUUAAAAAGAAAAAAGUGAGAAAGAAAAUAAAAACAAAAUAGAGAGAGAAGCAGAGGUUACAGCGCCUACAUCGCUGCUCUUCUUCUUCUUCUUCUUCUUUAUUUUUAAUCUUCGUCUCUCUUCACCGAUCGGAUUUUUGAAUCCCUAAUUUUUAUUUUUGGAAAAAUCCUAAAUUUUUUGAUUUUCGGAGCCUCUAAUACUUUAACUCUUAAGUCUUUCUCGUCACGAAUUUUGUUUGAUUUUUUAAUCAAAAUUGUUCUUCUUCUUCUUUUUUCCCAGUGAUUUUCUUCGUCGAUCAACUCGUCGAUAGAGAGAAAAAGGAAAUCGCAAAUUCUGUUAAAAUCGGGUUUGUUAUGUCUGCAAAUAUUAAUACUGCUAAUUUCAAUACCUCCACUGCAGUGACAGCUGUUAAUCACUCUCCCAGCAGCCCUAACCAAUCAAAUAGUACCGAGAAGGUGGCUUCUUCGCCUUGGACUGAAAUGCUCGGUGGAGAAAACGAUCUGAUCGCGGGUAUUCCAAUAACGCCUUUGUCCUCUUUGUCAUUGCCGCCACCAACGGCCUUGACUGAGCCACUUGUUGCGACGGUGGACGAAGAUGAAGGCGUCGGGAGUGAUAGUUCUGGGCCUAAUGGCAAUGCCGGUAUGAAGCCCGCUUGGAACAAACCUUCUAGCGAUGCCAAGGCUGGGACCGUUAUGGGGACCAACAAGUGGCCUGCUUUAUCUAAGUCCGCUAAGGGUCCUUCCAAAUCCUCUUCAGAUUCACCCCGAGCUUCACAGGAUGGAUCAUCGUCUUCACCUUCCGGUGUUCCCGUUUCCCAGGGGAGUGGAAAUUUGUCUCCAUCAACGAUUUCUCAGAAAUCAGUCAUCAACAUUGCAAACCCAAAUUCGAAUUCGACUCCAAACCAUACUACUCCCGCACAGCAGAAGUCAAUGAAACGUAAUAGUAAUAUCUCUGCAGACGGUGGUCUCUCACAGCCUCUGCCUCAAGGUCCUGUUGUUGAAUCACCUGUUAAUAGCCCCUCUUCUUGGGACCACAUACAGAGAAGUGGAUUUGCAUCACAGUCUCAUUCUGAUGAUAAUGAUCAUCCACACCCACGGAAUUCAUACAGACAUCGUAAUGGUGGUCCGCAUCCACGAGGGGAUGGUUCUCACCAUCAGAAUUUUGGAGGCAGACGCAAUCAAGAUCAUGGAAAUCAUGAGUGGCAUGGUCGAAACCUCAAUAAAAGAGAUGGCCAUCUGCAGCCAAGGGGCGCUCCUAGGGUAAUGAGGCAUACGCCACCCCCUCUGGUGCCUAAUAGUAUACCUUUUAUUGCUCAUACUCCUUUGCGGCCUUUUGGCACCCCGAUGGGGUAUCCUGGUGAAAUGCCAUCUCUAUAUAUGGUCCCAGCUGUUCCUCCAGAUUCACUUGGAGCUUUAUCAUUUGUUGCACCAAUGCCCCCAGUGUUUUUCCCAGCUCCACAGCUUCAUGACAGUCAGUUGCAUGCUAGUAUAGUGAAUCAGAUAGAUUAUUAUUUCAGUAAUGAAAAUCUAAUUAAGGACACGUACUUGAGGCAGAACAUGGAUGAUCAGGGCUGGGUUCCUAUUCAAUUAAUAGCUGGCUUCAAAAAGGUUUCACUAUUGACAGAUAAUAUUCAGCUAAUAACGGAUGCUCUGCAAAGUUCAACAGUUGUGGAAGUGCAGGGUGACAGAGUAAGGAAGCGGAAUGAUUGGAUGCGAUGGAUAAUGCCACCUUCUGUUCAAUUCCCUGCCAUAUCUGGUCAGGAUAUGCUGGUGGCUCCUGUUCAGAAUAUUUCACUGGAACAGAGAAAUGCGAACCAGAGUGGCGCAAAGAGCCAAGAAGAUUCUAAUGCUGGUGGACUAUCAGGUAGACCAUUAUUCGGGGACUUCAAUAAUCAGCCACAGCAAUUCAACAGUGAGGGAACUGCCAUAGGUGUUCAAAGUGGUCCGGCAAAUAAUUGAAAAUAAGCAAAAUGUGCCGACGUUUGUUGUUCCUUGCUAGAGUUCCUGGAAUAAUAGAGUAGAGAAUGAUUUUGACACCAUGGGGUCAUCAUUUUGCCUUUGUUGACGAUAUUCGUGUUGCCUAAUUGCGAUGAACUACAGUUUCUCGUACGGAAAAUUAGAGAAAAACUUUACAAGAA